AUGAAGAACAGAACAACAAGGAAGUCACCAUUUGAGGUUGUGUAUACUAAAAUCCCUAGACUCACUAUAGACCUCACUAAUCUUCCCUCUUCUGUUGAUCUCAGUUUAGAAGCCGAGGAGAUGGCCAACCGAAUUGCCGAACUUCAUAAGGAGGCUGAGGAGCCCACGUUGUCAAACAUCAAUCUGGACAUACCAGUUGGUAGCUUAGUUGCAAUUGUUGGAAGUACAGGAGAGGGAAAGACAUCACUAAUAUCAGCCAUGCUCGGAGAACUUCCACCAGUUGCAGAUGCUAGUGUUGUUAUUCGGGGAACUGUUGCUUAUGUUCCACAAGUUGCAUGGAUUUUUAAUGCAACAGUGCGUGAUAAUAUUUUAUUUGGUUCUCCCUUUGAAUCUUCCAAAUACGAGAAGACAAUAGAUAUAACCGCAUUGCAACUUGACCUUGAGUUACUGUCAGGCGGCGAUCUUACUGAAAUUGGGGAAAAAGAGGGGGCAGUGUACUCCAAUUCGGAUGUGUACAUAUUUGAUGAUCCCUUGAGUGCUCUUGAUGCUCAUGUGGCUACUGAGGUUUUUGAAAAAUGCAUUAGGGGAGAAUUAAGAGGGAAAACAAGAGUUUUUGUGACCAACCAACUGCAUUUUCUCUCGCAAGUUGACAGAAUUAUUCUCGUUCAUGAAGGUGUGGUGAAGGAGGAAGGAACAUACGAGGAACUUUGUGAAAAUGGCAAGCUGUUCCAAAGGCUAAUGGAAAGUGCAGGUAAAUCGGAAGAAACUUGUGAGGAAAAGGAAGAUGGUGAAACCGGCGGUACUAAAAUAUCGUUCAAACUUCCUACUAAUGAUGAGAUAGCAAAUCAUUUUGCAAAGGAUGCUAGUCCUUUAAAAGAACGUACAGAACAAAAAUAUGUUCUUAUUAAGCAGGAAGAAAGAAAAACGGGUGUAGUCAGUUGGAAUGUGUUAGUGAGAUACAAGAACGCAAUAGGAGCCCUAUGGCUGGUUACUACACUCCUAUACCUUGUUUUGUCAAACAUUAUUCAUUUUCUAGAAAGCUUAUGGUUAAAGCAUUGGACUGAUCAAAGCAAUGUAGGAUGGAGUCAAACUUUAUACUACAACGUGGUAUAUGCAGGCUUGUUAUUAGGUCAGGUAUCAUUGAAACUGAUAAAUUCUUCAUGGCUGGUCGUGUCGAGCCUAAAUGCAGCUAGAAGGUUGCACAACCAAAUGCUUUCUUCUAUUUUAGAAGCUCCAAUGUUGUUCUUCAAUACCAACCCUCUUGGGAGAGUCAUCAAUCGAUUUGCAAAGGAUAUCGGCGACAUUGAUAGGAAAAUUCCCAGUUAUGUCAACAUGUUUCUUGAGGACAUUUCACAGCUCCUUUUCACUUUCAUCUUGAUAGGGAUUCUGAGCACUUCAUCGUUGUGGGCAAUCUUUCCUCUUCUGUUAUUGUUUUAUGUGGCCUAUUUAUACUACCAGAGAACAUCUCGAGAAGUACAGCGGCUAGACUCCAUAAGUAGAUCUUGUGUUUAUGCACAAUUUGGUGAAGCCCUGAAUGGUCUUUCAAGUACUCGUGCAUACAAAGCUCACGAUAGAAUGACCGAGAUUAACGCGAAAUCCAUGGACAAUAAUAUUAGAUUUACCCUCGUAAACACGAGCGCAAACCGAUGGCUUGGAAUCCGUUUAGAAACCCUGGGUGGUCUGAUGAUAUGGUUUGCAGCAACCUUUGCUGUGAUGCAGAAUGGCAGGGCAGAAAAGCAGCAGGCAUUUGCAUCCACCAUGGGCCUUUUACUUACUUAUGCUUUAAAUAUUAAUUAUUUGCUAACAAGUGUGCUAAAGUUUGGAAGUAUGUUUGAGAAUAGUUUAAAUUCUGUAGAACGUGUUGGGACAUACAUAGAUUUGGCUUCAGAAGCUCCAUCAAUCAUUGAGAGCAACCGCCCCCCUCCUGGAUGGCCUUCAUCUGGACUUAUAAAAUUUGAGAAUGUUGUGUUACGUUAUAGACCUGAGCUCCCACCAAUCUUACAUGGACUCUCUUUCACAGUUUUCCCUGAUGACAAGGUCGGAAUUGUUGGACGAACUGGCGCUGGAAAAACGAGCAUGUUAAAUGCCUUAUUUUGA